UCGUAUGAACAACCGGAGGUGAAUAACGUGAUCAGUACAGUGUGUUUACAUUGUGUCGCCAGAAAGCAAGAAAAAACGGUAAACUUGAAAUAGCCCAGAUUCACAACGAGACCAAGAGGAUCUCUCCAUUCAACACCUCCAAAAUGAGACUGGUGAUCCUGGAGGACUAUGACCUUGCCAGUGAAUGGGCAGCCAAAUACAUCCGCAACAGAAUCAUCCAGUUCAAGCCCAGUGCUGACAGAUACUUCACUUUAGGAUUACCCACAGGAAGCACUCCGUUUGGCUGUUACAAAAAGUUGAUAGAGUUUCACAAGAAUGGGGACCUCUCUUUCAAAUAUGUGAAGACCUUCAACAUGGAUGAGUAUGUGGGCCUGCCCCGGGCCCACCCAGAGAGCUACCACUCCUACAUGUGGAACAACUUCUUCAAGCACAUUGACAUCGAUCCAGCUAAUGCCAGUAUCCUGGAUGGCAAUAUCACUGACCUGGAAGCAGAGUGUGAGGCCUUUGAGAAGAAGAUCACCCAGGCUGGGGGAAUUGACUUGUUUGUGGGAGGUAUUGGACCAGACGGCCACAUUGCCUUCAAUGAGCCAGGCUCCAGUCUAGUCUCCAGGACCAGAGUGAAGACUUUAGCAAAGGACACCAUCGUAGCCAAUGCCCGUUUCUUUGGCAACGACCUGUCAAAGGUCCCCACCAUGGCCUUGACUGUGGGUGUGGGGACAGUCAUGGAUGCCCGAGAGGUUAUGAUUCUUAUCACUGGAGCCCACAAAGCCUUUGCCCUGUACAAAGCAAUAGAGGAGGGGGUCAACCACAUGUGGACCGUCUCAGCCUUCCAGCAGCACCCACGCACCAUCUUUGUGUGUGACGAGGACGCCACACUGGAGCUCAGAGUCAAAACAGUCAAGUACUUCAAAGGUUUGAUGCAUGUUCACAACCGACUGGUGGACCCAGUACUCAGCAUAAAGGACCAAUAAUGGAGACUAAAACCAAGUCAGAGAAUUCCAGACCUCAAAAUGGUGGAUGGACCCAGUUGUUGGUAGGCUACAACCAGUAUGACAAUGUGCCAGAGAGAUUGUUUGUCAGCACUUCAGUUGAGGGGCUGUGGUUUAAGGCUGCCAUAACAACUAACCAAGCAUUACAGUGCAUGAGAUUUGCUCAGUUUGUUACAUUCCAUUAUGAUACUAUGAAGGUUAACUGUAAAUGCCCCCUCAGCUGAUAUGUUAAAGAUGCCAUGAUUCUCAUAUACAACUGUUACCAAUAUAUUAUGAGGUCAGAAUCUUUGCAGUAUUAGUCUCAAACAGAUGUAUUUGCCUUCUCGACUACUCUUCUUUCUUCCUUCUGCACAAUCUAGAGACGGGAUGGAUGAAAGCAAAAUGUUUAGACCAGCUUAGAUGAAAUAAAUCCAGUUUGUGUUGUUGAGACCUGUUUAACAGGGAAACAUACAACACUAUAGUUCCUUUACACUCCAUUCCAUGUCAUUUGUAGUUUUGAAUGCUCCGUAGGUUUGUUUACCUGACAGUCAGUUAUACUUUCCAAGUCGCCACCGCAGUGAUUUACACUCAGUAUACUGUCUUUUGUAUCCGAAAUGUCAUUCUUGGCCAUGUUGUAUGCUCUCACAAGAUUGUAUCGGCAAUCAUUUGAUGUCAAGGCAUCAUGUUAACUUUUCAAACAUCUCCAAUCAGUCAUUAAUUUACCUUUUUGUUGUUGUUUUGUAGAACAUUCUACCAGAACAAGUAUGUUUUCAUUUCAAUGUAACUCAAUUUUUCCCAACUACUGGGCUUACAAGAUUACUGAGUCUUUUACAAAUUUAUUGUGCACAUAAUGUACUGUAACUCAUAAAAAUGCUUCAUACCGGC